AUGAGCGAGUAUAACAACACUUCAAUAUUUGAUUCCAAUCCACAAGAAGAAGUAUUCCUCCAUGAGCAAGACGUCUUUGAUCACCAAGAACAAGAUUCUUUCGUUUGUACUCCAGAUUCAAGCUCUUGUUUCUCCACGAAUCAAGAUGAGAAUUCAGAAAAUUCCCAACAUCCUCUUCUCUCAUCAUCCAUAGAAACCAUUCAACCAUUGAACAACGGCGGAUUGAUCCAUAGCCUUCCCAUGCAAGCAGUCAUGCCUCCAAGUGGCUCUUCUCCAUCUUGGUUACUCGUGAUUGGAUUCCCAGUUGACCCCUCUUUGGUAUCCUCUGCAGAUUUCAAUCAAUUGAGAAUUCCCUCGACAUGGGACGGAAAAUUCCAAUCCACAAGUCCUGACUCUCGUUUGUCCACAACAAGCAAUAACGCUCCAGUUUCAAUUUCUCACUUGAUGCAAAUUCCAUGCACAACUCCAUUGUCAUCAUCGACCGGUCUGUCCUAUGAUCAACUCGGUCGUUUGAUUGGACAAAUUCCUAACGAGUGUCCAUUCCAACCACUCAACACGCCACAGUACAAUGAAUUACCAAAUCAAGGUAACAAGAAGGAUGCUGUUUCAUCCAUGUUGGAAUGGAAUGGUUCCAACUUGACAAAACGAAAGCAUGAUUCUAUGAGCGUUACAAGUCCACCUCUUCAACAGCGUACAAAGAAGUUAAAGAAACGACAUGCUUCCUCUCCGGUAGCUUCUUCCUCCUCCGAUUCCGGCCAUCCGAUUCAUGAACGCCUUUCAUCACAAUUCAAAUUGGAAGACUCUGCAAGUGUCGAUCAUUCUGAUUCAGAUACCAGUGAGGAAUCAUCUUCUCAAAUAUCCCUCAAUGCUUCUCUUCCAGAAGGUACUGACAUUUAUUUGCCAUACUUGGAAAUGGGAACUGGAGUGAUUAUGACUUACAGAACUCGACGUGGAGAAUCUCAAAAAUUGUAUGGUCUAUUACCUGAAAUGACUAAUUGUUGUGGAAGUGCCUUACGCUUUGCAUAUUGUUCUUCCAACAAGGGCAAUCCUUAUCGAUACAUUUUAGUGUAUCGUCUCCCACAUUCGAUUCCGGAUUUGGAUGUCUCAGCUUUGGAAUUCCAAGUCGAUUGUCCUGAAAAGUCUGAAAUGAAUGAUCAAUUUGUAGCAGAGUUUCAACCAACCAAGAGCAAUUCAGAAAGUAUUCAUACAUCCUUUGUCCAAGGUUCUUUCUCUAUUUCAAAAGUGGGAACGAAGAAGGUAACAAAAUUUCGCUUUUGUCUUUGUUUGUACUAUCAAGAACAAUUGAUUUUUAGAUCGAGUCCUUUUGCAUUAGUUUCAAAAGACAAGAAGAAAACACACCAUUGUCAGAAUGACGACGAGUGUUUCAAAAGAAGAAUUGGAGAGAGAUCUCCAAGUUUUUCGGAUUUUGAGCAAGACCUUUGA